AUGUCCUCCGCUAAUCUUAUGUCUCGUACUCCCUCAACUGCUACGCCAACAUGGCACCAGUUCGAGCGGAAGGUCGACGAGGUCAAGCCGUCCAAAACUGACAUCAAUUAUCUGGUCAUGGACUACCUCAUCACCAAUGGCUACCCUGCUGCUGCGAGUAAAUUCGCUGUCGAGGCCAAUAUCCAACUGCGGACCGAUCUGGAGUCGAUUCAGGAACGUGUUGAGAUUCGGACCUUCAUCCACUCGGGCAACAUCCAGGCAGCCAUUGAGAAGAUCAACGAGCUGAACCCUCAGAUCCUCGAUGAAAACCCGGCAUUGCAUUUCGCUCUCCUGCGCCUGCAACUGGUAGAACUAAUCCGCACCUGCACGUCCACUCCAGAUGGCGACAUCAGUCCCGCCCUAGAGUUUGCAACCACGCAGCUAGCACCUCGGGCCCCGACCAACCCACAGUUCCUUGAGGACUUGGAGCGGACGCUUGCUCUACUGAUCUUCCCCAGCGACAACCUAUCCCCAUCCCUGGCCUCCCUCCUAGAUCCCAGCCUCCGUAAAGACAUCGCACAGCGAGUCAACGAGGCCAUCCUCCAAAACCAGGGCGCUCGUAAAGAAGCGCGCCUGCGCAAUCUCGUCAAGCUUCGUGCCUUUGCCGAACACAAGGCCCGCGAUGCUAAGAAGGAUAUCCCAGAUAAGCUGGACAUCGGCCUGCUCGGCGACAACGAUAAUAACCAGUCCAGUAACACCAGUAAUGACGCGGCCAACAAUGGAAACAGCCAGAAUGGUUCCGGCGACACUGUGAUGGCCAAUAACGGCGACGUCGAUACCAUGGUUGCUUGA